CUGUUCAUAAACAAAUUGCGGAUAAGAUUGUCGGCUUCUCUCUCUCUCUCUCUCUCCGUCUCUUCCUCUGUUUUCUUCUACAUUAAGAAGGGGAAGAGGAUUGUUUUCGUUUGUGGCCUUCUUCCUCUCUCCUUCUCAAAUCUCAUAGCAAGAUCAAGCAUCAAGCUUCUCUCUCUGUCUCGCCCUCUCUUUCUGAGGUAGAAUCGAAUCGAGAUGGCGACUAAAUGUGAGAUCUUCUGUGAGAUCCUGAUCGCCAUUCUCCUCCCCCCCUUGGGCGUCUGCCUCAGGCACGGUUGCUGCUCCGUUGAGUUUUGGCUCUGUGUGCUGCUAACAAUUCUGGGAUACAUUCCGGGUAUAAUCUAUGCACUCUACGCCAUUGUCUUUGUUGAUCGCGAUCAGUACUUUGACGAGUACAGGCGCCCUCUUUAUGCCCCGGCGUAGCACCUAUCUUCCCUUCCUGUCUAUGGGUGGUAUUAGCUGUUUCGACUGAUGAAUGUUAAAGCUACACUGUUCAGACUGCUACUGCUUUAUGUAUUAUAUUCAGAGUUUUGCUUGAUUCAUAAAAAUAGCUUUCUUUAUCUGUUCGGUUGGGAAAUGCGACGAUCUAGCUUGCUGGAUCGUUACAUCUAUUGGGAUUAAUGGUUAUCUACUGCAUAUUUGGGAGAGUUUUCUGGAAGUGGAUUCUUUGUCAUAAUAUAACUCAUCUAAAUGUUUUGAGCUUGUGAACGGAGACUUGGGCUUAUGUCCCUUACCUGUUGCUCCUUA